AUGUGUGCAAGCAUAAAAUGUACUAAUAGAGGAGCUGGUGAAGGAGAACAAAAGCUUCGUGAAGAGGAAAAUUUCCAACAAAGACAGGAGGUGAAAACAGACAACGUCCUUCCAGCGUAUUGUGAGCCACCAAACCCAUGCCCUAUCGGCUACACUGCCGCUGAUGGAUGCAUAGAGGAGUUCGAAAAUAGGUGA